AUGUCUUUGCUACCUGCUUUGUCCAUGUCAUUUAUACAGAUUGGAUAUGCGGGUAUGAACCUGCUAACCAAAAUGGCUAUGAACACAGGCAUGAACCCCUUCGUGCAUGUGGCAUAUAGGCAGACAUUUGCGGCACUGAUAAUGUGCCCUAUUGCAUAUUUCAGUGAAAGGCAUAGUAGACCUGCCAUGACGAGGUCAAUACUUCUAAAAAUUUUCAUGUGUUCGAUUUUUGGGGGGUCAAUUAACCAAAUUACGUAUAUCGUUGGCCUACAAAAUUGCAACACUACGGUUGCAUCUGCUUUGACGAACUUAAUGCCAGCAUUUACGUUUGUUCUUGCUGUCAUUACCGGACACGAAAAGGUCCGAUUUACAAGAGUAGGGAUAGCCAAAAUGAUGGGAACGGUAUUGAGUAUAGGAGGUGCGAUGAUGCUAUCGAUUUACCAUGGUCCAAGACUCCCCAUUGGCCAACCAAAGAUUAAUUGGAAACUCUUAGAAGGUAUUGCGCACCACAGCAGCAGCGGCACCAACUACUUAGGCCCUCUGCUCGUCAUAACCAGUGCCCUCUCUUGGUCGAUAUGGUCCAUAAUCCAAGCAAGAGUAAACCAAGAGUAUGCAGCUACCUAUUCAAGCACAGCGUUGAUGUGCUUCAUGGCUAGCUGUAUAUGUUUGGUAUUUGGGUUCUGCUUUGACCAUGACCUAUCCGACUGGUCAUUGAACAGUGGCGUGAGAGCUAUCUCCACCAUAUAUUCUGGAGUUUUCUGCUCAGCUCUUUCAUAUUUCGUGAUGAGUUGGUGCAUCCAGAGGGAGGGGCCUUUUUUUGUGUCAAUUUUCAAUCCUUUACCGAUUAUUGUAGUUGCCGCACUCAGCUGGCUUCUACUUGGAGAAGAGAUAUUCACGGGAACUAUCGUGGGUUCAAUGUUGAUCGUUUUGGGAUUGUUUAUGGUGUUGUGGGGAAACUGGGUGGAGUCAAAGCGAGCAAGGACAAUAAUAAACUCGGAGCAAGAUAUGGCUGUGGAAGAUUUGGAGUCCCAGCAACAAAAAUGA